UGUCUCUGGUCGCCCGCCAUUGUUUGUAAUUUCAAUCGAAUUUUAGCGUCGCAAAUUUUUUUUUUUCAUCUUUUUGCAUCUGGGGAUUACCAGAUAUUAUUGAGUAUUUCUUCAAAUCUCAAGAAACUUAAUUAAUUAAAAUGUCGAUCGGUGUGCCUAUUAAAGUACUUCACGAAGCUGAAGGCCAUGUAGUGACCUGUGAAACUAAUACCGGCGAAGUGUACCGCGGUAAACUGAUAGAAGCCGAAGAUAACAUGAAUUGCCAGAUGACGCAGGUUACCGUCACGUACAGGGACGGCCGGGUAGCUCAGCUGGAGAAUGUGUACAUCAGAGGGUCCAAAAUCCGUUUCCUAAUAUUACCUGACAUGUUAAAGAAUGCUCCUAUGUUCAAACGACAAGGGAACAAGCCGACCGCUGGUCGCGGUAAAAGUGCUAUAAUACGAGCUCACGCGGCCGGUCGAGGCAGACCAGGCGGUAGAGGGGGAGGACAUCGCGGCGGCUGGCAGGGGGGCUCUGGACCUUCCAGACGAUAAUAAUAUAUCAUGACUUACGUUUAAUUCCUCCUAAUUUUACUAUACUCCAUUAUUAAGAUAAUUUAAGUACUAUGAAUAACAAUAUCUAAAGAAAUGUAAAUUAAACUCAAAAAUGGCACCACAUGUGUAAAUCAUUUAAAAAUAAUAGCAAUGAAUAAUAUACCCAAUAUGAACUUGAAGCAACAAAAAUUCUCUAUGUAAUUACUAAUUGUGCUGUAUGUUGGUAAUAAUGGUAUGCAUUAUGGUUCCAAAAAAGCUGUCAUUGUAUGAGAGUUAUAUAUUUCUUUAGAUAUUGUUGUUCAUAGUUUAAGUAUAACUAUAGUAUGAUAGUAUGUAUUGCAAGGACUCAAAUAAAUUGAAAAAACCCAAUUCACAAGUUCAAAAUAGAAAAAUCAAGGUCUUGGCAAGGAUUUUAAAAUUUAAUCAUGCUUUUUUUUAGUUUAUUAACAUAACAAAAACAGUACAUGGCAAGGACUAUGUAAAUUAUGGAAAAAAUUGUAUGUACUUGAAUAUUUUUCCUAAUCAUAAAAUAUGGUUUAUCAGAAUGGAUUGAAACUCUUAAUUCAUUGUGCUGGAUAGUGUUUUUGUAAAGUGAUUUUUUUCAAAAAGCAUACUAUAUCAUUAAUGUUUUAGUUUCCAUCCAGUUUUCAUUUAUUUGAUACAUUUCUGGAGUAUUUAAAUAUAAGUUGUAUGUAAGUUGAGUGCUACUGUGCGAUUUGUGAUAAGGUUUUAAUAAAUAAUAGUCUCA